AUGUUUGAAAUCCAAAAUUCUGACCAAGUUUUUGACGAGUAUUAUAUGAACAGCGAAACUAUAUAUUAUCUUGAAGAUGAUGUGAAUAUUGCUUUACCUUCCAAUGAAUUUUACUACUUUAAUACCUUGUUUGUAACCAGAUAUGUUAAUGAAGCCAGCGUUUCAUAUAGUGGUGAAUAUGAAAAUAGACGAGAUACUUUAUCUGAUAUCGCUUUACCUUCCAAUGAUUGUUAUAUUAAUGCCUUGCCUGUAAUCAGAUAUGAUGGUGAAUCCAGUAUUUCAUAUGAAGAUACUUUAUCUGUGGUUGAAAAUGUUAAUGUUUCUGGAGGUGGCAGUUCAGAACAUGAGAUUGAAGAUAUUGAAGACGGCACAUCUGAAGGUGGUGAUUCAGAAAACGAACCUAAAGAUAGCUCUUUAAAAGAGAUACAUACUUGGCAAACUUUUACUUCUUUUGAGGUUCUCGAGCAGUGCUUAAAGCGUUACUCUAUCCGAAUGGGUUUCGAAACGAAAAUAGUAAGAGCAGAAAAGGAAAAUGAUGAUUUUUUUUCCAGAAAAUCUUAUAAAUGUCGGCAUGAAGGUAAAUACUUACCUAAAAAGAAGUUGGAUCCUACAACAAAUAGAGAGCGGGA